AUGUCGUCCAAUGUCGGACUUUCUACACCCCGCGGUUCGGGCACAUCGGGCUACGUCCAACGAAAUCUCUCGCUACUGAAGCCGCGUGACGCCGGCGUUGGCGUGCCUUAUAGCCUAGACUCUUCUGCUCGGCCGCCGAAGACGCGCAAACCGGACCAAGACAUACUUAAUCAUGAUCGACUAAGGGAGAUUGAAGUUAAGAUCUUGGAACUGAGAGAAAAACUUGAGGAUGAAGAGAUUGAGGAAGACAAAAUCGACGAAGUAUGCGACAAAUUGCGAGCAGAUCUGACGGCCAAACUGGCGAGCGGGAAAGGCAUGGACAGAAACAAGGGGGGUGGGCAACGAGUAUCUGACGGAAAGGGACUUAAGAGUUACCAAGUGCACGAGCUUGCCGAGGCCAAAGAGCGGGAGAGUGAAAGAUUACGGAAAGCGCUCGGAUUGCGGCCUGGCGAGAUCCCAGAAGAUGGGGAGCAUCCGAUGGCUAGGCAGGAUAAGAGAAGAAGGGAACGAGAAAUACUCGAAGGUGCAAAGGACGAAGAGCGGACUUGA